UACUCAAUACUUCCAUCAUGUAUACUUUCAACUUGAAAAUUGUAUUUUUAUUUUUUCUAAUAAAUGCUUAUCAGUAUACGAGAGGUGUUGGAUUCCCUGAGGCGCCGGUGCCGAUUGUCCUGUGGCAUGGCAUGGGGGACAGUUGUUGCUUUUCCUUCAGCCUGGGCCAAAUCAAAAGAAUCAUAGAAGAGACAAUACCUGGGGUCUACGUUAAGUCCGUACGAAUUGGAAACGAUGUUGUCGAGGACGUGAAGAACAGUUACUUCAGGAAUGUUAACGAGCAAGUUCGGGAGGUCUGCGAGGACCUGGCCAACGAUGACAAGUUGCAGAAUGGAUACAAUGCCAUUGGAUUCUCCCAAGGAGCACAAUUCUUACGUGCAGUAGCUCAAAGGUGUCCAGUGCCCCAGAUGAAGACAUUGAUUUCGUUGGGAGGGCAGCAUCAGGGAGUUUAUGGGUUGCCCGAUUGUGGGUCUAUGAAGCAUCGAUUCUGCGAUUAUCUUCGGAGAGUUCUUAAUUAUGCAGCUUAUUACAAAAUUAUUCAAAAUAGAUUCGUUCAGGCUGAAUACUGGCACGACCCGCUGAAGGAGGAAGUGUACAAACGCGGAAGUGUCUUCCUGGCAGAUAUCAAUAAUGAAUUGAUAGUUAACGAGAGCUACAGAAAUAACUUGAAGGCUCUUGAAAAAUUGGUUCUUGUUAAAUUUGCUAAUGACACGAUGGUUCAACCCCGGGAGACUGAGUGGUUCGGAUUUUAUAAGCCGGGACAAGCAACGGAACUCGAGACCCUCCAGGAAUCUGCGCUUUAUAUUGAGGAUCGUUUGGGACUGCAGGAAAUGGACAACAACGGACAGAUUGAUUUCUUGUCGAUUGACACUAAUCACCUCCAGUUCACUGACCACUGGCUGAAGGAAGAAAUCAUCCACAAAUAUUUAAUGCCGAGCAAUCUAAAAUAUUCAAUGGAAAUACUCUGAAUGUUUUCUUCAAUACUUUAUAUGUCUAUUUUUUUAUAACAUUUUUUGUAAUCCUACGUCAAUUUUAAUUUGAAUGAAUUUCUUCGUCCCCAA